AUGAGUACGACUUGUUUUCAAGCAAUUUUAUCCGACUCAAAGCCCAGUUGUAAUAGUAAUCAAGACGACGACGAAAAUAUAAAGAUGCCAGCAUUAAUGAGUAUUCCUGAUGUCCCUAACGGGAAUAUCACAGCUCCACCUAUUCAAAAUCAAACAUCCAUUACGGUCGUGGACGAAAGCAGCAACAGCCCCCCAAUAAAUAUUAAUAGAAUCUUUAGCCAUCCAUUCAACAACAAUAUUAGCAACGGCAGUCCAUUAUUCAAUAACAGCAGUAAAUUUUUCGGUCAAACACCUCCAUCAUCAAUUCAAUUGCCGAUCGAUGAGCUAAGUAAACAUUCAAUUAAAGAACCAAUUAAAAUUACUGUCAAGAUAACAUUGCUGGAUUCGAUUGAAGUACAAUGGGAAUCGGUGUUAAUCAACGAAAUUCUCUAUGUGUACAUUUCGCAACCACCGACAGGAAAUUCGAAAGAAGCGUUUAUCGCUUUGCUAGAAUUCGCUGAAGAGGAAUUGCAUUGCAAAAAGGUUGUCGUGUAUUUGGAUAAACAAAAUCCUGAUCGAAACGUCAUGAUACGUUUGUUCAAUUUUAUCGGCUUCGUUUUGUUGCCACCCGAUCAUCCAGCAAUACCGGCAAAUGGAUCCGAUGAUAUGGUCUAUAUGGCAUAUGAUAUUUUUGGAUAAACAAAAAGAUAAUGGUCAUCGAUAAAAGACAUACAUACAUAAUAUCUUUAAUAAUAGUAAAGUUAAAUCGUCGUCAUCAGAAUAUAUAUAUAAUGAAGCCUAAUUCUUUUAUUAGAUGAGUAAGGCUGUUGUUUUUAUCUCCACGACAAAAAAAAACACAUACACACACACAC